AAUUAAAAAUAAAUUUUAUUUGACAAAACUAAAAAUAUUUAUUAUUAUUUAGUGUAUUAGAUUAAUUAAUAUACAAAAAUGGAAAAUGAAUCAAAAAUAUGUACGUUUCAGUGCAAAAAGUGGACACUAUUUUCAUUUUGUUUGUUUGGUAUCAUUAGUACCCUGAUUAUAGUAAUUAUACUGUCAGCCGUUAUAGGUGCUGCACAAAAUAACGACAAAGAGAUUUCCGACCAAGACUUUAAAAAUGCUAAAAAAGUAACCAUCGCUAUAAUCGCUACUAUAGGCUCCAUAUGUAUAUUAUUUGAAUUACUGGGCCUUUUGGGCGCCUAUAAGGAGCACUACUGUCUAACUAUGACCUACGCUAUACUCAUGUUUAUGAUGACGUGGGGCAGUAUAGGUGGCGCUGUAAGGGUUGGUACCUUUUGGUUCACAUUUGGUGUUAAUGUAAUGAUUACGACACUGGCUUUCCUAUACGCCCGGGACCUCCACAGACGUCGAUACCAGUCCACUGCAAUGUAUGUAAUCGGACGACCAGCCUAUAGUAGUCUUACAGAACCCGUUAACACAUACCCGGCCCCGAGCUAUGGGGCCACACCGGUAUACAUAUAAAAAUAUCCCAUAAGUAUUUGGUAUGUAUUUUAUUGUUAUAAUUGUGAUUGUUAGUUUUACGAUUUAAUAAAGAAAAUAUU